AACUUCGACGAGGUGAAGCAGCUCGAAGACCUGAAGAAUUCCUUCGGCAAGACGUUCUCGGUGCUGAAGUCACACUCCGCCACCUACUCCGACGUGAACGGGGAGCGGCGCGCCCACUCGCAGACCGACGAGGAGGCGCGUGAAGACGGGCGCGUGGUGGCGCACCUGAGCAAGACGUCGGAAGGGGAGGCGGCGGUGGGGGCGACACCCUCCACGCGGACGCGCGUCGAGCUGAGCCUGCCGCAGCUGGGCGUGCACGCAGUCGCCGGGGAUUCCCCCCAGCAGCAGCCGCGCCAGCCGGGGAAUAACCAGGAGGCGGCGCGGGCUGCGGCCGCCGCCAUGCCGCCACAGCAGCGCCGAAGGGCGCCCCCAGAGACCGCGGGUGACAAAUUGUCAUCGUAUGCCGGGAUCCAGUAUUCACCACAAGACAUGGCAGAGUACGUGUUCUGGACUGGAGAUGAGAAGGGAGUGACGCUGGCCAUUGAAGAGUUCUUGCAGGAAGGACUGAUGACUCGGGAGGAGGCUAUCCGCUUCCUGCAGGACAUCAAGCUGAACCUGGACCUGCUGCAGCAGCAGUUCUCCCAGCAGAAGCAGCAGGAGCAGCAAAUGGCCAAGGAUCGGGCUACACUUCUUCAGAAGGCACUGGGUCUUGACAAGCCAGAAGUUCCGGUGACUUCAGAACCCAAACUGCUCCCACAGGACAAUGAAGUACUGCAGAAUGACAAGAAGAAUACUGGCUCACAUAUUGAAACAAACAAAGUUUCUGACAGUUCUGAUGAGGACUACGAGGAGCUGCUGGAGAGGUUGAAGGUGGUGGACUUCCUGUACACAGAGUACUCGCUGGAAGAAGUCAUCUACCAGCUGGCCAAGAUCAUGUUCACACAGUCUCUCACCAGGGGGAGUGCUGAGGCCCAGAGUGCACUACAGAAGUUCACAGCAUUCCUCGAGGCAGAGGCGGAGCAGGGACACAUCUCGCGCAGCCUCGAGAAGAAGGUUCUCGACGUGCUGAUAGCAUCGCUGACGGACACGCUGUCAGAAAAGCCGCAGCUUCUGGCCGCGGCUCGCGAAGGCCUGGCCAACGGCGCACCCCUCCGCACGGCUCCCGCUCCCGGUGGCCUCGGUGCCGGCAGCGCGGGUGGGGCCAGUGCUAAGGACCAGAUGCUGCUGCGCCAGCUGCUGAGCCUCGCGCCCACGGCACAGCCGGGGUCAUCGCGCGGACGGCACGACGGACAGGGCGAAGUCGCCGGUGACACUCGAGCCGGCUCCGAGCUGGGGGCGGUGGGAGCGCGUGCCCACUCUGCAACCUAGACAGCUGGGAGAUGCAGUGUGCAGUUCCCCGUCACCUCCCCACUCUCGUGUCUCCUUGCCCCUCUCGGCAACUGUUUGCUUUUCUGCAUUUUGCAUUAUUUGCUUACUUAAUCCGGCCCGUAUUUGCUAUUUGCUACAGGUAAUGAACUGUUAUAAAAGACAAAUGGACCAUGCGUAGACACAGCAUUUUCCCUCACUAUCACAAUCAUCAUUGUACUAGAAAUAAUAACCUCCAUAAAUUUAGAACGAGAACUUGUGGGUGGGUCCAUAUUUUUCUGAAAAUGGCUUUUCCACAGUUACUAUUUAUUGUUUAUAUAUCAUUAUUUGCAAAUUGUUUCAGAGAUCCAGCCCCAUUCCCAAGUACUCACUGUUGUAACCAAUCGAGCUGCCCACAGUCAGGCUUCACUGUUGCCAGGUUCGAGCUUGACAUCUUGGCCACUUACAAGAAGAUGUAGGCUCGUGUCUGGAUUAUAGAUCUGACUGCUGCCCUUCUAUCUAUCACAGCACUAGCAGGGGGAGGGGUGGCAAGUCCAUAGCCCCGGUCGCCCUUUACAUCCAGAAAAGAUCCACAGCACUCACUGUGACAGCAUCAAAAAUUUCCACCCCUACCCAGGUCUGAACCCAUAAACCCACCCUCCCACUCACUCACCCACCACCCACCCAGUCUCUCCCUCCCUCUCUACAUCAUUGUUAACAUUCAGGUCCUGUAAUUCUAGAUGGUAUCUGGAUGCACCAGAAAGAUUGUACUGCCUAACAGAAUUAUUUAGUUUAAUUACAAAGAAAUAGACAUUUAAAAUUUCAUGGAUGCAUAGCAUGAAUCUGUGACAUGAUUAACAGAAAAUCUUUGUCAUAGUAAAGGUAACCUGAAAAAUCAAGUACAACAGCUAGCCAAGAAUCUGAAGGAAGUCACGGGUUGCAUAAAAAAACAAUUUCACCUCUUGUAAGUUCAUGCCCAAACAACUGGCAGAAAAAAGUCUGAAAAUGAAAAAUGCAUGGACCUAGGACAAUAAUGGAAGUAGGAAGAAGUUUUGGUAAGAUGUAAAGACUAAAGCUAACUAGUGAUUGUACAUCCUCUAUAAAAGCCCCAACGUAUAAAUAAUAAUAUUAUUAAACAAUAAACUUUAGCUGUGGAACUUCCUAUUUGCAGAAAAAUGUUGUGUCUUGUCUCUACGAUCCACUUGCCUGCAAUUCUCUUCAUUUCUCCCUACCUUUCAUACAUAAUUUUCCUCUUCCUUCCUUCC